ACGUUUAAAUGUCGGUAAAUGGCUGUGAAUUUUCGGCAUUUGGAACAAUGUAUUUCAGCGGGUUUUACAGUUAAAGUACAAACUGUUUGUCCCGAUUCAUUUCAAAUAACAUUUAUGUCAGCUUCUGGAGUUCAACGCUGAGUUAAAACAUGUUGAAACAUGUGGUGGUUUCAGGGCUCAGAGUGGCUUAAGUGGCCGAGCGAAACCGCAGACCGCGCCGCAGAUACCACAGGUUUAAAAAAGAGUGGGUGGGUGGCUCCGGGAGGGAGAAGCAGGUGGAAGCCGCUGUGCUGCGUCGCCGCUGCCGCCCUUCAAGAGAAACACAACCCCGCUGGGGAGGGAAGAAACUCCGCGCGAGCAGGGAAAUCCAAACAUUAACUUAUUCAUUAUCACCGACUAUCAAGACAGACGGCAUCGUGAGAGGGAUUCUUUCCACUCUCGAGGAAAGAGGAUAAUAAACGAAAGCAGAAAGGGGAGGAAAAAUAGAUUCUAACUGGACGUGGUUAUGUGAGCGCGAGCUUGACAACCCGGUGAAUCGAGUUUGCGAAGAAGUGCUCUCAUAUUUCACUUGUCUCUCGACACCUUGAGGUCUUUUUUUCCGAAGCGGGCGCCCAGGAGAUGAACUCUGUGGACCACUAGUUGUCUGUGGACUUUGAAAAGAUUAUUUUUUCCCUUCAUAACAUUUUUAAAGAACCUUUUUUUAAGGAGUUGUCUCUAAAAUCCGAGGCAAUGGGGGAGCAGCCGAUCUACACCACCAGGGCCCAUGUCUUCCAAAUUGACCCCAGCACCAAGAAGAACUGGGUUCCUGCCAGCAGGCAGUCUGUCACUGUUUCUUAUUUCUAUGACAGCUCACGUAACAGCUACCGCAUCAUCAGCGUGGAUGGAACAAAGGUCAUCAUCAACAGCACAAUCACGCCCAACAUGACAUUCACCAAGACAUCGCAGAAGUUUGGGCAGUGGGCAGACAGUAGAGCCAACACUGUGUUUGGGUUGGGCUUUGCCUCAGAGCAGCUCCUGUCAAAGUUUGCAGAAAAGUUCCAGGAAGUAAAAGAUGCAGCCAAACUGGCAAGAGAUAAAUCUCAGGAAAAAGGAGAGACGUUGAGCAACCACUCGCAGGAAUCUGGACGCGAGACUCCCUCAAACAACCAGGCAUCAAGCAUUAAUGGAACAGAUGAUGAGAAAAUCUCAAUUGUCACUCCAGAGGCUGCUGUGUUGAAGAGUGAAAACGAACGUCUCAAGACUGCAGUAGAACAAAGCAACACCAACGCCAAGAAGUGGGAGACGGAGCUUCAAACUUUGAGAGAAAACAAUGCGCGGCUGGUGGAUGCACUGCAGGAGUCUUCUGCUAAUGUGGAGAGCUGGAAGAAACAGCUCAGUGUCUGCAAAGAAGAGAGUGACACACUCAGGCAAAAGAUUGCAGAUCUAGAGGCUCAGUGUAAUGAAGCCAAUCAAGAGAAGCAGAAGAACGCCCAGCUGAGCGUCCGAGUGCAGGAGCUGGAGGCUGAGCUGCAGGACAAAGAGCAGGAGCUGGAGAACCUCAGAAAACAGGCAGAGAUAAUCCCACAGCUGAUGGCAGAGUGUGAGAGCAUCGGUACAAAGCUACAGGCUGCAGAGACCAAGAACAAGGAUCUGGAGGGGAGGAUCUCAGGCCUUCAGACGGACAUAGACGACAGCAGACAAAAACAGGGCAACAUGAAGGGCGAGCUCAAGAAAUUCAUGGAUAUUCUAGAUGGCAAAAUCGACGAGCUUCACGAGUUCAGGCAGGGACUCUCCAAACUAGGUGCUGAUAACUGAGGCAGUGGUCUGAAAGGGUCAGAGGUCGGGUAUGAAGGAUUCACUACAUAUGUCCUCAGGACAGAAAAUACAUGCAACCCUAAAAAAAAAAAAAGAAAAAGGUGACAUUUACUCAAAUACUUUCAGCUUGUAAAAAAUAAAAAUAAAAACCUCUACUCUAGAUGGAGAGGAAGGUUGACAGAUAUAUAAGGGAAAAAAAGCCAGCUUGCUGUGCAAAAUGGCUCCAUUUUGUGUGCUGGCAUUGUGGAACUCCAUUUAGUGUCCCACCUAAAGCUUACUCAUCUAUUUCUGUGGUGGAAAAUGGCUUUAAAAAGAUGGUGGCGGCUUCUUAGAUUCUUUCCGUCUGUCCUGUUUCAAAGGCUACAGAAACUCCUGCACAAGCUACCUGAGCUUAGAGUAGAGGCGGAGCAAUUAAAGGGCUACAACGAACAACACAAAGACGCCGGCCGCUGUUCGGCAUCUCUCCAGUAAUAAUUGGUGUUAAUCCUUGUGGCCCCCUUCAGAGAAUUUGAAGAUGAAGCAGACUGUCCUCGUCAUUGCCUCAUGCUUAUCUCAGGUGUCUCAGAAAACACUUUGUACCCAUUAGAUUAUAGGAACAUUCGCAACAGAUGGCCAUGACACAAAGUGCCUACAAGUGCAUCUUGAAAGAAAACUGGCCAAGUGAUGCCCAUCAUCACAAUGACAUCUGGAUGAUUUUUUUGUUUCUUUUGAGAUGACCAGAAGAUGAGUGGGAUUCCUGUGUGAUUAAACGAGAUGAAAGAAAAGGCAGAAAGUGUGUUCUCCUGAGUGUCUGUGAGGAGAGAGUUUUUUGAGGACAAAGCAGGUGUUUGUGUAAGAAAAAGACUCCCAGAAAGGACAGCUGCAGGAAUCUGUCAUGUAGGUGUUUACAGUCCUUUUAAUUGUAUUUGAAUUCAGGAAGAAAACUAAAGAUUUUCCCUUCAAAAAGAUUCUAAAGCAUUAAAUAACAUCACAUCUUGCCAUAAGUAGGAUUUUUAUUUCCAAGUCUUUGAAGGAUUUUUUUUUUUGUGCAUUAGUGUUGUUCAUUUGUGGAACAAACGUGUCUCCAAAGCUGUUUUUGUGCUUCCUACACUGGUUUUUGUAAUGGUGGUGGUCAUUUUUGGACAUGGGGAAACACUGCUGCUAAGGUGAAAGAAGAAAAGUAAGGUGAAGGUGAACUUCACUGAUGAUUGAAAAGUGUUUUCACUUGAAAUCUUGUCUUUUUUUUUUCAUUUGUUGGGGUCUUAAAUGUUUUUUUUUUUUUUUUUUUGGUGCCUCUCUGCAACGAGUGUUUGUAGACCAAGUUUAUCUUGAUCUUUUGUCCAAAUACAGAAUCACUUAUCAAGAAGAAACUCAACCUUCACGACUGAGGGGGUGUUGCAGCUGCUUUUGGGGAGUGAAAAACAGUUUGAAAACUGUACUUUUUUGGAAUCAAAGCAUGUGUGGUGACAUAUAUUAUAAUCCUCUGUCGGACAUCUUUAUUUUUUAAUCUAAGCUCGUCAUGAGACAGACGAUGUAAGGGAAUUUCAUCCUUUUUUCAGUUUCCCCUGUUUGGAACCUCUAUCUGGAAAACUCAUUAAGUUUCUUCCUGUUGAACCAAUGCCUAUUGUGCACUUUUGUGAUUCCUGUUCAAUAUUGUACAAUAGAAAUGAAGUUGGUAAAAUUUAGUUUAA